ACACCAAUUACUGUAACGACAACACCUACAUCAACAGAAACAACACCAUCUACAACUGUUACAAUAACACCUACAUCAACAGAAACACCAUCUACAACUACUGUUACAACAACAACAUCGACAGAGACAUCCACAAUCACAACCUUGACUACCACACCAAUUACUGUAACGACAACACCUACAUCAACAGAAACACCAUCUACAACUAGUACCACUACAGUUACAACAACACCUUACACCUGUAUUCAUUGCGAAUGGUCAAGCUGGAUUAAUAGCAACACACCCAGUACAGAGACAGAAGGAUUCGAAACUGAACCCAUUGAUACAUUGUGGAAUUCUGGAAAGAUAACCUGUCAGAACCCAGAAGAGAUCAAAUGUAGGGCAGUGGAUUUUCCACAAAAAUCCCUGCAAGAUUUGGGACAAAAAGUUUAUUGCAAUACAUCAUUUGGACUGUCAUGUUCAAAUGAAGACAAUGCGGAUGGCACGCCACCACUUUGUUAUAAUUACGAAAUAAGUAUAAAAUGUUGUAAAGACAUAUGUAUUACCUCUACAAUGUCCCCAAGUACACCAACACCAACUACAGUUACAUCAACAGAGACAUCCACAAUCACACCAACUACUGUAACAACAACACCUACCUCAACAGAAACAACACCAUCUACAACUGUUACAAUAACACCUACCUCAACAGAAACACCAUCUACAACUACUGCCACAACUACAACAACACCAUCAACAGAGACAUCCACAAUCACAUCCAUGACUACCACACCAAUUACUGUAACGACAACACCUACAUCAACAGAAACAACACCAUCUACAACUGUUACAAUAUCACCUACAUCAACAGAAACAACACCAUCUACAACUGUUACAAUAUCACCUACAUCAACAGAAACAACACCAUCUACAACUGUUACAAUAUCACCUACAUCAACAGAAACAACACCAUCUACAACUGUUACAAUAACACCUACAUCAACAGAAACACCAUCUACAACUAGUACUACAUCAGUUACAACAACACCUUACACCUGUAUUCAUUGCAAAUGGUCAAGCUGGGUUAAUAGCAACACACCCAGUACAAAGCCACAAGGAUUCGAAACUGAACCCAUUGAUACAUUGUGGAAUUCUGGAAAGAUAACCUGUCAGAACCCAGAAGAGAUUGAAUGUAGAGCAGUGGAUUAUCCACAAAAAUCCCUAGAAGAUUUGGGACAAAUCAUAUAUUGCAAUACAUCAUUUGGACUGUCGUGCUCAAAUGAAGACAAUGCAGAUGGCAUGUCACCACUUUGUUAUAAUUAUGAAAUACGUGUCAAAUGUUGUGAAGACACUUGUAUCACCUCUACAAUGUCCACAAGUACACCAACAUCUACAACUAUAGUUACAUCAACCUCUACAUCAACAGAGAGCUCCACAAUCACACCAACUACUAUAACAACAACACCUACAACAACAGAAACACCAUCUACGACUACUGGCACAACAACAACACCAUCAACAGAGAUAUCGACCAUUACAUCCAUUACAACAAGUACUGGGACAUCGACAUCUAUGCCAACAGAAACCACACCAACUACAACUGUUACAAUAAGACCUACAUCAACGGAGACAUUUACAACCACUACUGUCACACCAACUACUGUAACAAUGACACCUACGUCAACAGAAACAUUAUCGUCAACUAGUACAAUCACUGGCACAACACCCACAUCAACAAAGACAUCUACGAGGACCUUCCCUACUACAACAAAGUUCAUUGUGGAAACAAAGACAACUGUCAACAUCACCUCAAGACCUGUCCCUCCACCCCAGACAUGUGAGUGCACGUAUUUAAAUGCAACAUACCCAGCAGAGUCAACAAUCUACAAUCAAACAGAUCAAGCAGGUUGGUGCUAUAUUGCCUACUGCAACUCCUCCUGUGAUAUAGUGAAACAGUCUCAGCAAUGCAAACCACCCCCAUCAGACUGUGCACAAUUUAAAAGAAAGCAUAAGGAGUCAUGGAUUGAAGACUGCAGAAACAAAACAUGCAUAAAUGGCAAUGUCACCUCAAAACCUCUACAGUGUGACAAAACUGACAUACCUACAUGUACUAAUGGAAUUAAACCUAAGAAGGUGUCUUAUAACAAUGGAUGCUGCUUUAAGUAUGAGUGUGAAUGUAAAUGCAGUGGCUGGGGUGACCCACAUUACAAAACAUUUGAUGGAACAUACUAUGCCUUCCAGGGAAACUGCACUUAUGUUUUGUUCAAAGAAAUCAUCCCAAGAUACAAUAUCAGUGUCCAUGUUAAAAACUAUUAUUGUGAUGUUAAAAAUAAUCUCGCCUGCCCUGAGUAUGUGGUUGUGAACUACAAAUCUUAUAAAAUCAAGCUGACUAGCAACACUAGAGAGGUCCAGGUCUAUGUUAAUGAUGAAUUGAAACAACUAACUUACAUAAAUAAUGACUUCUUCAUCACCACCUCUGGCAUGGCAGUAAUUGUGAACAUCACUGAAAUCAAAGUUGACAUUUCUGUGAAUCAUCAAGGCUUUGAGAUCAAUCUCCCAUUCUCCUACUUCCAUGGUAAUACAGAGGGACAGUGUGGGGUUUGUGACAACAACCGUGCAAAUGACUGCAGACGUCCCGAUGGACAAAUCGACCCAUCGUGUGUGAACAUGGCACAGCUUUGGAUGGUCCCCCCAGGAUGCAAAACACCUCCAACAAUAUCUCCACCUCCAUCUCCACCUCCCUGCAAUUCGACCAUUUGUGAUCUCAUCAAGAGCGAUAUGUUUAUGAAAUGCCAUGGGGUCAUUCCUUAUGAAAGUUAUUAUGAGGCAUGCAAAUAUGAUGUGUGCCACAUGGGAAACACCUCUAUUGGUUGUAGCAGUCUGGAGGCAUAUGCUCUGCUAUGUGGCAAAGAGGGUAUCUGUGUAGACUGGAGAACAUCAAAUAAACUCACAAAAAUGUGUGAAUACAAGUGCCCCAGUCACAAAGUCUAUAAGGGAUGUGGUCCUAAAGUUGAAAAAACCUGCAGUACAAGGUACAAUGAUAUGUUUGUGGAGAAAGACUGUCAAGACAAUAACUGUCAUCAAACAUUUACGGAAGGCUGUUACUGUCCUGAUGACAAAUAUAGAGUUAGUUCAACAAUAGAUACCUGUACAUCUUAUUGUGAUUGCAUCGGCCCUGAUGGAUUACCUAGGCAGCCUGGGGAUACAUGGACCAUGGACUGUCAUGAAUACACAUGCUCCAAUGAGACCUUUGGUAUUAAAACUGUGCCUGUCGGGUGUCCGGUUGAAAAGGCCUGUGGACCAGAACGAAAGAAAAUAAUUGAAAACUGCUGCCCAACCUGUGUGUGUGAUCUCGAGCUGUGUCUUCAGAAGAAAUGUGAUGUGGGAUAUGAGUUGGCAGCAAAUAAAUCUGAAGACAGUUGCUGUCCACCCUGUGUGCCCAAAGACGUAUGUGUGUACAAUAACACUGAGUACCAGCCUGGAGUUCAAAUACCCACAGAUCCUUGCAUCGAAUGUAACUGUCUAAUGGAUAAAGACCCAAAGACCCACCUACAUCUCAUCAUGUGCGCUUCCAUAGCCUGUGCACCUUGCCCUGACGGAUUUCUGCCUGUCAAAGUAGAAGGAGAAUGCUGUGAAACAUGCAGGCUAAAUAGCUGUUUUUAUACCGCGCCAGACAACAGCACACAUAUUCUCAAGAUUGGAGAAACGUACAACUACAAGUGUGAGAGUGCGACCUGUCAACAAACAAAUGACACAUUCUUGAUAGAGAAGACCAUACCAACCUGUCCAGAGAUCAAUCCAGAUGAGUGUGUGCCUGGAACGCUGACACUUGAUGAAGAAGGAUGUUGCAAUACUUGUGAGCACAGGAACUGUAUUCGUGUGAAGAACACCACAGAUGUUACUGUAAAUGACUGCAAGUCCAUCCAUCCCAUAGAAGUGACUUCCUGCAGCGGCCACUGUGACACAGAAUCAAUGUAUUCAAUGGGCGCCAACAUCAUGAUGCACAGCUGUUCUUGCUGUCGGGAGAUGAAAACCAGCAUUAAAAAAGUACAGCUGAAGUGUUCUGAUGACCGUGUGAUCGAUCAUGACUACGUCUACAUAGAGAGCUGCAAAUGCACUCCAGUUAUGUGUGAAAACCAGAAGACCAGUGGAUAAAAGAUCCUGUUCAGUGUGUCUGCUAUACUGCUACAAUUCCAGAUGAAUUGCAAAAAAAAAAACAUAUAUAUAUAUAUAUAUAUAUAUAUAUAUAUAUAUAUAUAUAUAUAUAUAUUGUUCUAUAACUAUUAUCUCUCGGGGCAUUUUCAGGGCAUUUUGAGCAUUUUGUUUCUUCUUUAGCAAUGCAAAAUACAACUCUUUACAUUUCAUUCUUGUGAAAUAAGUGAUGACUAUAAUAAAGCAAAAUAAAUGGCAAAAAAAAAAAAAA